AUGAACUGGUUUCCAAGUCUUUCCUUCUUCGAAUGUCGCCGCCUCUGGGAAUGGAAUCCAACCGUACUCGUAUCCAACAACGUGUGGUCCAAGACGAACAAGAAGUUGGAUGGAUCCGACAUUCUUGCAGUAUUCGUUAUUGAACCAGGAGAAGUUGGCAGCAACCUGAAGCCUCCUUGUACGGAAAUGAACAUUCAACGACUCCUCCGUUGUUCCACGAACGACCAUGAAUCGGCUUUCCAUGCUUGUACCAGAGAGCCACGUACAUGUUCUGCUCUCCCAUACAUUUCACUGGACUCGGUGGAAACGGUGAGCCAAUGGGCUGGAACGCCCAAGUGUCUUCCUUCGGUGGGGGAUUCGGUUUCGGCGCCAUCAGAUGUUGAUAGCGUCGAUCGUUGGUGA